CUCAGCUAGCUUUGCUGAACUCUGGGAGUUGAAGUCCACGAGUCUUAAAGUUGCCAAGGUUGGAGAUCCCUGUUGUAGAAUGUAGCGCGCAUAUUUUCGGAACCGGAACGAAGGGAGGAAAGAAAGAGAAAGGAAGGAAGAAAGGAAGCUUUCUAUCCCGUCAUAGAAAUGGAAAACUUUGUUGAAGAACUGAGACAAGAAACAAGAUGUCUGUCCACAGAAGAAACAGAGGAUGAGUCUGCAACCAACGCUCUGGUUCCAGGAAUUUAUUUGCCUUUACUGCCAAAACAUUUCAACCACCCAACAGAUAUGGCUGUGAAAUCUUCAGAAUUCCAAAAGAUGAAAGAGGAUUGCUUAUGCUGUAUCCAAGAUGCUCUCUUACAAAGUCAGUGGCAGAGGGCUGCAGAAUUAAUGAUAAGCUACUUGGAAGUGCUGGAAAAUACGUCUUCAGAAAAAAGGGUGACAUCUCAAGAGGAGAUUUGGAGAAUAGGAACUGAAAUCUUGCAGCAGCAUCCACAGAGUAAUAUAGAAGAGAUCAACUAUUUUGCAGAUCGGAUGAAAAAUUUAGGAGUCAAAAGAUAUUUAAAGAUUUCUUUAGAGCAUGCCUUCCACCUUUUGUGCAGCGGAUUUCUGGAUGAAGCCUAUCAGAACUUGAUAUUGACUGAAAGUUGGCGAUAUGGAGAAGAAACUGUUGCUCAGGAAAAAGAGCUGAAGCUUGUUCAAGCUUAUAAGGGGCUGAUAGACUAUUAUAUGUGGUUAAAAAAGAAGACUGACCUUUUGGAGCUGGAUGAAGACAGCUGUACACAAGCUUCUCUUCAGCAGGAAAUGCAUCACUUGUACCAGCAGGCUAAAGUCAGCCUUAGGGAAAUAAUCAGAAUUCCUGGAGUUUGGGAUCCUUUCGUGAUUUGUUAUGUGGAUUUGCUGGAACAUUAUGAGGAGUAUGAAGAAGCACGGGAAGUGUUAAGUGACUAUGCGUAUAAUUCCAAGUUCCCUUCCAACCCUAAUGCUCAUGUCUACUACUACCAGUUCUUAAAGAGAAGGGGAGAAUCGAGGAAAACACAGAUCUCUGCAUUGCAGAUUCUGCAUGAGCUUGUUCCUUCACAUGAACUAAUGCUGGAAUUUUACAACUUGCUUAAAAAAUCGAAAAAAAGAAAAAACCAUAAAUUACAGCUGAAAGUUAUUUUUGCAGCUUUGGAUUUUGCUGGCUGGAAGGAAAAUAUAAAAGCUUGGAAUUAUUUGGCAAAACAGACAGUAGAAAUUCUGCAAAACUCUGAGAAGCAAUUUCACUGGCUCAAAAAGGAGUGGGCUAUUCGAAAGGACUGGUGGCCAGCUUUUCAUUUCAGUUUUUAUUUGGCAAAAAGUGACUGGCAGGAAAACAAAAAACUCACUUGUGAAAAAGUUCUGAUAGCUGGCAUACUGUUGGGAAAAGACUGCAAGUACUUUAAGUAUGUCACCAAGGAAGGAUGUAAAGUUCAGAAGAAAAAGUUCCGACAGUUGAAGAAAUUUGUGAAAGAACACAGCUGGGUCAGUUUAAGACUGGCUGAUACGUGAUUACUUAGCAUCAAAUUUCUUGAUUUCUUUCAAGGGUGUUAGAUGAUUUUGAUGUCCUGUAUAAGUCAUCCUGACAAACAAUUGUAAAAUUCAGGGAGUUCUCAAGAUACGACUGGUCACCUAAUGUCUGUUUGAUGUUACAACCCCCCCCCCCAAAAGCUACAUAUGAUCCCAUUUUGAAAUAUGGCUGCUGGAGCAUGCCUUACAAUUGGCCACAGAGAUGCUACAGCAUUGCCCUUUUCUCCCCCUCCCCACCAGCCUGCUCCACUGGCAUCCCACAGUGCUUGGUCUACUCACCAUGCCUCCUGGAAGCACCUGCCAUUUUCCAUAUAUUGACAGUUUCUUGUGGAAAUGACGGCUGCCUUCAGAGCAUUCGGCCCUGAUCAGCUGACCGUUGGGAUACUGCAAAGCUCUCUUGGCUCUUGCUAAGCUUUGGCAGUUCAGCUGCCUGAAUGCAAAAGUGGAAGCUUUAGGAUUCAUCUUCCCAAAACUGUUCCCUUGCUUAAUUCCUGCCCUCCUCCAGAACCCCCACAUUUGUUCAAUAAAACAUAAAAAAAGCUAGAGAGACAGACUUGUGUUGUGACCCAGGGCCAAGUAGGUAGUAGGAAACUCAGUCAGUGAGAAAACAAACAAACUUUAUUCGAACAGCUGAGAAUUACUUCAUUCCCAGCAUAGUUCAACUAAAUUAAAGCAAAUUCCUCCCAACACAAAUUCCUCAGUCCUAUCGCAAACCUUGGUACAAUUAGGCAAACUGCCAAAGGCCUUUCUUGGCACACUUUCAGAAGUCACUGAUACAAAAAUAAAUGCAAGAAGACAAAGCUA